CACGAUCCUCGAGGUCACUCAACAGCACACUGAAUCCAAUAUGAUGUUCACUCGAGACGAAAACUUCGAUCUUGCGGAAGAGGUCUUAAAGGAGCUUAAUACAGAAUUAACGAGAAACCAAAGACACAUUGGCUUCCUAAACGGUUCUCCAGGUGAUGAGAAAAUUGGUCUUGACGAGUCUUCCAGAGUCACUGUGGUUGUCGAGCCUGACUUCUGCGGUAUUGGCAAAAGAGAUGCCGAUGCGAUAGAUACGAUGGCAUGGACACAUCCAUUGGCCUGUGAUUGGGACACCCAUGAUCCCAAUGACCAGUAUCAGUCUUCUGAGCAAAGCUCACAAGGGACAGGUCUCCGACCAUAUCACCUACUAGACCAACGGCAGUUCUUUCAAGAACAAUAUCAACUGAAUGAAAAUCAAAUACAACAGACAUGUGAAAGUAGGCCAACGAUCAAAAAGGAAGCCAAGGAACCAUGUUCAUGCGCAUCAGUAAGAACGGCAACGAAUCUGCAAGCGAAAUCAACAAAUUCGACAAAACCCAUCAGGAAGGCCGGCCGAAAGCCACCAAUAGGUCCAGACGGAAAAGUCAAGUACAGCAAGCGAAGGGCGACUGAGGACAAACGCAAGCGCGUCAACCAUAGAGAGCGCGACCGAAUGCAUCAACUGAGCGAAGCCUUCGACCGUCUUCGCCAGGUGCUUCCUUCUGAUGCUCUUGACGUCCACUCUCCUAGGACCGAUGACAGGCGCCCUCAACGAUACCCUGUUCGACAAAAACGAAGUAAGGUAGACACGCUGCUCCUGGCUCAGGACUAUAUCCUUAGUCUCCAGGAAAUGUGUAAGACCUCUCCUGACCUGUUACUUAACCCACCACCUCUACUUGCAUCCCCUGGCUGUUCAUGGAAUCAUUUAGGCCUACCAUCUUGAUUGUAAUCAAUCGUUAAAUCUAAUAACAUCUCAGGAUGUUUUAACUACAGGUUUUCUCAAUCGCGAUUGAUGUGUGAUAUUAUUGUUGACAUUUUGAUACCAAUUAAAAUAAUCUUCGUGAG